UGAAUCUUUGGCGCAUAGAGAGUAUUUGAAGCGGAUAAAUUUAUACCGACAGCGACUGUGGACCUGCAAAGCGACUGGGAAGACAGGUCUGACAUUUGAGGAGGCUCUCAUAUCUGAGCGCAAAGCCAGCGAGAAGAUACAGAAGUUCGCUCCGGAGUUUAUUGUCCCUGUUCUCAACAUGAUUCAAUACAGUCAGCAGCGACUUGAUGAGCUAGUAGAGGCAAUAUACAAUAGGUUUAGGGACCACUUUGUUGUUGGGGAAGAGGUGCACGCCUGUUGGAGAGACCAAAUUUGGAGAUGUAAGGUUCUAGAGGUCUUCAAUGGUGGGGAGAUGUGCAGAGUGGAAUGGGUAGGAAGUACAGGGACAGUCAGUGAGAAUGGCCAAGAACAACAGCAGCAGCAGCAUCCCAAGGGUGGAGAUGGACAGGAGAUAGAACAGGGGACAGCGACGGUGGAAAACCGAGCAGUGCUUUUCAGGAAGAGGCACCCACUUCCGCGUUCGCUGCUGAAGGCUUUCAUCCGGGACUCGGCGGAUGUGCCAUUCAAGAAUGCACCUUGGAUUCUCAAGAACUCCAUAGCUCAGAAGCACCGGAUAACGACGGAGCCGCCGCAAUGGCUAAGGGAGUUGCUCAUGAACGAUGAGAAGAGGAGGGUGAAGGUGGAGGAGGGUGAAGACGAAGUCGACAAUUAUGGUUUCAGAUAUGGGGGUCUUUACUGUGAUGAUGAUCCACACGGCAGGGGCUCGGCAUUGCCCGUCAACGAUGGCAUGCGAUUGAAAAGAAAGGUGGAAGAUUCUGGGGACGCGGAUGAUGACGGAAUGAAAAGGCGGAGGUUGGAAGGCAUGAAUGGUGAAGCUGUGCUGAAGACUGGGGAGAAUGGCUGCGCCGAUGCGUAUGGUGGCAUGGGUUGCAUGAGUGGCAAUUAUGAUAGGGAGGGAAUCAGUGGCAGCGAAUACGAGAGCAGCAGAAUAUGGAGGCUGUUUAACAAUUCUAUACGGUACCCUAUUGAAGACACACUUGUGCAUCCUGGCAAAGACGAUCCAGAGUUCACGAAACGGCUGCCGCCAAGUGACGACUUUAUUCUCCCAAUGGAAUGCGUCGGGGACACAUUGAUGAUAUGGACAAUGGUAUCUUGCUUUGGGAGGUCACUGCAUCUCUCCCCCUUUCCGUUGGAAGACCUGGAGAAGGCUCUGGAGUAUAGAGAGGGCGAGGUGUCGCUUUUAGCGGAGCUGCACGCGGCACUACUACGGUUGGUUGUGGCAGACAUGGAAGAGUUGAGGGACGAAUUCGUGAAGAAGAGGAAGAAACGUCAAGAGGUAUCAGUGGCGACAUGGGCGGAUGAUGUGUCGGAUUGGUUGGAGAUCACAAAAAACGACAAGCUGAGUGGGCAUGCGGCAGCAAUACGUCAAGGAGAAUAUAGCAGCCUUCCACCUACGGUAAAGGUGGCCAUCUUGACGGAGCUUUGCAAUUUGUCUAUUGAGACAGCUGCGAUUAGUGCGGAGAGGAGUGACAGGUUGUUAGACAGUGCUGGCUUGGGGAAGUUAAAUGAUGCAAGGAAACAACAGCUGAAGGCAGAGACAGAGGUAAUGGGGAUGGGGGUGGAUGGAGAUCAAAGGUUGAGGCAAAGGGAAGAGGAACUCAAGGAAAAAGAAGACAGGAGACGGCAAUUGGCGGAUAUAAAUACAGAGAGGAAAAGAAUGGAGCAAGAGAGACUGGCAAGGCAGCGAAGGGAGGAGCAGUUCCAGAGAGACUGUGAGAAAUACUUCGUUCGAAUGAGCCCUCUGGGACGGGACCGGGACAGGAACCGAUACUGGUUCUUCCAGCGAGAGGGCCGAGUGUUUGUCGAGAACGAGCUGUCGGCGAAAUGGGGCUACUACUCUGCAAAAGAGGAGGUCGACGCUCUGUAUGGCUCAUUGAAUCCAAAGGGCAUUCGUGAAAGGGCCUUGCGGAAGCAGCUUGAGAAGCACUAUAAUCGGAUAAGGCAACAGAUUGAUGAGAACAUUGAGGGAAUCCAAGGAGUCAAAGCGCAGAAGAGGGAGGAAGAAGCCGAGGAGAGAAAGAAGCGCAGGGAGGAGAUGGACAAGCAGCGAGCUGAAGAUCUGAUGGCUAUUGAUCAGGGAUAUACGGAUCGUCAUAAUAACGUCGUGAUGAGGGAGGGGGAGGGGGAGGGGAAUGUGCAUCGUGACUGGCGAGGCAUGACGAAUGGCAUUGUCUUUCCUCGGCACAAUGAUAUGGUAGCAAUAGGGUCUGGAGGUAUAAGGGAUGCUGCUGUUAUGGACCGGAAGGGACCUGACGAGCGCACAGAUGCUGGUUACAAGACCUGGCAGAACAGGGGUAAAUUGAAAGAGACCGGAGCUGUGGCCUCCACGAGGGGAGAUCCAAGCAAUUGCGGCGCGCUGCAGAGGCGGUCCAGGGAAAUUGCGCAGAGAUUUGCAUUUGAAGAAACGGGAGUGAGGAGGUCUACAAGAGUGCGGUCGGCACCUCGUCGUGCAUCGUUCCUGUCGUAUGUGAACAAGUUUAGGUAGGUAUACGUAGAGGCCAAGCCGGGCGUAGGGACGCAUUCACACUAGGACUUUCCUUGAUGUUAAAUCUGAUCGUAAUUAUGACCAGAUGCAGUCGUAGAAGUCCAGGUGUGAAUGUGCCCUGACAGCAGUGGAAGGAGGGAGGAGGAGGGGUUUUGCAGGCUGAGGCGGCCCCCUGUUAUGGACACAGAGAGAGAGGGUCAUUCACACACAUGUAGUCGUUUGUCGUCGUCGAAGUAGUCGUAGUAGUAGUAGCUAGCAGCAGCAGCAGCAAGGCGAAGACCCCCUUUUGGUGCAGGGAUUCAGAUGUCAGGCUCGUGCCGAUUACUGACAGCUGCAGGUCAGAUGAGUACUUAGAGGUAGUGGUGGGCUGGCGCAGCAGCAAGGCCAAGACUCCCAAGAGAAUUAUUACCUACCCUUCAUGAAGAUCAUUAUCCGUCUGUUUCUACCUCGUCUUUCGUCCCCAUCCCGGAGCUCGUAGCGUUGUGCUUGGGCCUUUCUAAAUCUUCUUUAGUCUUGCCAGCCUAACCCCAUUUCUAGUCCCAUCACAACUUCAUGAAUUUUUUCAAAAUCGCAUGCAUAUAGCUUCCUUUCCAGCCACGUGCAGAAGCAGGAGGGGCGGUGCAGCAAAAAAUUGUCUCGACAGCACUUCUUCACCGAUGGCACCUUCUCGUGGAGGACUGGAUUGGAUGGAUUCCUUUGUUAGCAGAGACGGAGGCCAUGUGCUGCAUGCAACGAAAGGCAGGUUUGCAGGUUUGGUAGGAUUAUCAUUGUGCGGACUGAGUCACAGCGAAGCAAUUAGCGCCGCAGGUUGGACUCGGACCCCGACGAUCUUCCGUCCGUCUCGCAUCUUGCAUUGCUCCUGGUUAAUGCAAUGGCCACUGCAGGUCUAGGUUGCCGCAGUCUGAGCUGGAUGAACCAAGCCUGGGUCGCAGUUGCAGGUCGACAUUUAGUAGAUAGACGCACGCUUUGUGUUCCAGGUGCAGGCAGGUUGGCCACAAGAUCGACCAAGCUUUGUGGUGGUCCAGUGCAGGUUGGCCACAGGAUAGACGAAGAAGCUCUGUGGACAUGGUGUAGGUUGGCCAGAAGAUAAGCCAAGCUGUCUGUUCCAGCUGCAGGUUGCUGCCCGCCGGAUGAAGCUAGCUGUGGGUUCAAGGUGCGCAGGUUGCUGCCCGCCCCCGCCGGAUGAGCUGACAAGCUGACAACUGGGUGAACCAAGGCUGUGUUCCAGGUGCAGGUUGAAAUCUGAAUAAACCAACGCGGUUUGUAUUCCAGGUGCAGGUGCUGCCACCAGCUGGAUGGAGCAAGCCUAUGAUUACAAGCGAAGGUGCAGGUUGAAAGCUGAAUAAACCAACGCGGUUUGUAUUCCAGGUGCAGGUGCUGCCACCAACUGGAUGGACCAAGCCUUUGUUCCAGGGUGGAGGUGGCCUGCGGUGCUGCCACCAACUGGAUGGACCAAGCCUGUGUUCCAGGGUGGAGGUGGCCUGCUGGGUGAACCAAGCCUGUGUUCCAGGUGCAGGUUGAAAGCUGGAUGACGGGUUUAAGUGGGCGUGGUGAGACAUUGGUGAAGGGUGCUGUUUGUUUUUAUUCGGGGGCGGGCGGGUUUGUAUUCCAGGUGUAGGUUGGUGCCAGCUGCAUGAACCAAGCCUGUGCCUGUGUUCCAGGCACAGGUUGCCACCAACUGGAUGAACUGCUGGGGGUUUAUGUGUUCCAGGUCCAGCUUGUGAGCCGGUUGGACGGGCGUUGUAGUGGGAGAGGAGCACUUGGUUUGUGGUUCGCAGUUUCAACUGGAGGAAUCAACUGGAAGCAGUGGAAGAUCUUUGCACCACUUAUAUAAGUCCAUGUUAAUGAAUCGGUCAAGUCUGUCGAGCCAGGUGCAGUUCGCCAGCUGGGUGGGCUAAAUGACAAGUCUGCUGGGAGAUUUGGGUGGGUCCAUUUGGGCGAUCGGAUUGUUGUGGAAGGGUGGGGGAUGGUGUAUAUCGCUGCGCGCAUCAACAGAUUACCCACGCUGCUUUGAGAAGGAAGAAGAUCCAAGUAUGACAGGUAGGGUGGAUUAAGUGAAAGUGUCUGUCCUGUUGUUAAUGGGAGAGGGAGGAGAGAAAGAAACUCGUUCACCCUCACCCUUAGUUAACCGACCUGUCUGUCUGUCUGUCUGUCUGUCUGUCUGUCUGUCUGUCUGUCUGUCUGUCUGUCUAUCUGUCUGUCUCUGUCUGUCUGUCUCUGUCUGUCUCUGUUUGUCGGUCUGUCUGUCUCUGUCUGUCUCUGUCUGUCUCUGUCUGCCUGUCUGUGAAGGGCUUUGCAAGGAUGGGAAUUGAUGAGGACUUAUUUGUUUGGAACAUGAGGAGACUUGCUGCAGGGCAGAAUCUGAAUCCUUUCCUGAACGAUAUAUUGUCGUAUACACAGUGGCGGUCUUUGCUGCGUUAUCUCGCUCUUGUGGUCUCACGUUGAGGCUUUGCCUCUCCUGUCUUUGGGUCUGGUCACCCCAGAGGUAAUCAAGGUUUUAGGUUGGUACUAACUUGGUAUAUACUUCAAUUGUUGUUAAACCACCAGUACAUGGGCACCUAGGCAGCGGGUCUGACACCUCAAAUUCUGGAGGCGCGAAACGAAAAUGGCACCUCCGAUCGAUUUAUCAACAACGGGCCCAGCGUUUGACGUUUCGGCCUCGCUCGUUUUCUUGUUGCGACAAGUUAUACACACCACACCCCACCCUACCCCACCCCACCCCAUCAAGUGCUUCUGAGAGAGGUAUGGAAGGACGGACACGAACACACACAAGAGUGCGACAUAACAGUCUGUCACAGUAGUUCUGUUUUGUU